ACCGAUUACAGCAAAUAAUUCAGUAAGGGUGUGAUUUGUGGUAGUAGAACAGCGUCACAAAAUGUUUGAAAUUACAGACACACAAAAAAUCGGAGUCGGUUUGGCUGGCUUCGGUAUAACGUUUCUGUUCUUGGGGACGCUUUUACUGUUCGAUAAAGGACUGCUAGCGAUAGGAAAUAUACUGUUCGUGUGCGGUUUAGCCUGCGUUAUUGGACUCGAGCGAACGUUUCGGUUUUUCUUCCAAAAGCAUAAAAUGAAGGCUUCGAUUGCGUUCUUCGGUGGCAUUGCGAUCGUAUUGCUCGGCUACCCAUUGAUUGGAAUGCUGAUCGAAAUGUACGGUUUCAUACUGCUCUUCAGCGGGUUCUUCCCGGUGGCCAUAAACUUUUUGCGACGGGUACCAGUGUUGGGCAACAUUCUCAAUAUGCCCGGCAUUAGUAGGACCAUCGACUGGUUGGCCGGCGAAUCGGACAGAACAACGGUAUGAUAGGAAUAAGCAAAAACCUUCC